GUGUUUUGAAGCUGUUCCUCCGGGAGAAUAUGUCUGAGGACCGCGCGGCCCCAGAAAGCGCAGUUUCCCUGGAAGACUUGAGUAGCUGGUCGGAGGAGCUAUGCCGCCAGGAACUGCCGUCCGUGCUGCCUCGGCUCCUCUCUAUGUAUCAACAUUCUGACAGUUGGAUCGAACAUAUUAAACUUCUGAAAAUUAUCAUAGAUAUGUUUCUACCUCAUAUGAACCACGUGGCAUUGGAAACGACUUUGUUUUCUCAAGUAUUACCUAAGACUGUGAAAUUAUUUGAUGACAUGAUAUAUGAAUUAACCAGUCAAGCAAGAGAACUAUCUAGCCAAAAUUUAGAACUCCAGAGCACUCUAAGGAACAUUUUACAAACAAUGGUGCAGGUCCUAGGCGCGCUUACAGGAUGUGUUCAGCAUGUCUGUGCCACACAGGAAUCCAUCAUUCUAGAAGAUAUUCACAGCCUCCCCUCCUCAGUCCUUCAUGUAAUUAAAAGUACAUUUGUUCAUUGUAAGAACAGUGAGUCCGUGUAUUCUGGGCGCUUGCACCUUGUGUCAGACCUUCUCCAGGCUCUUUUUAAGGAGGCCUAUUCUCUUCAGAAGCAGCUCAUGGGACUGCUGGAUCUGGUCAGCCUGGCCUCUGUGGAAGAUGAGAAUGAUGGUAUUUUGAAUAUGGUAGUAGUUAUUCAUUCAUUGAUGGAUAUCUGCUUGGUUAUAUCCAGUAUUGACAGUGCAUUUCAUGCCAACACUUGGAAGUUUAUAAUUAAGCAGAGCCUUAAGCACCAGUCGGUUAUAAAAAAGCAGCUGAAACAUAAAGACAUAAUUAGUAAUUUGUGUGAAGACAUUCUCUUCUCCUUCUACUCUUGCUUACAGUUAGCUGAGCAGAUGGCACAGUCAGACACACAGGAUAAUGCUGACUACAGAUUAUUUCAUAAAACACUCAAGUUAUGUCGUUUUUUUGCCAACUCCCUUUUGCACUACACUAAGGAAUUUCUUCCUUUUCUCUCUGAUUCUUGUGGUACAUUACACCAGCUUUAUCUUCAGAUACACAGUAAGUUUCCCCCAAGCCUGUAUGCUGCCUCAGUUGCUACAGCACAGCGGGAGGAGAUAGCAGGUACUUUCCUGGUGACCUUGGAUCCCCUCCUCAGUCAGCUUCUCCCAUUCCAGCCUUUUGUACAAGUGGUUUUACACAAUAAAUUAGAUCUGCCAUGUGAACUACAGUUCCCACAAUGCCUUCUUCUGGUGGCGGUCCUGAAUAAGCUGCCUUCCCAGCCUGAGGAUGUGCAGAUGCUGUGGUGUGCAGGGAGCCCAGUCACAGAAGCUACGAGCAGGAUAUCGCUACUCGAAGCCAUUUUCUACAGUUUUGAGCAGUGUUCUGGUGAACUCUCUCUACCUGUUCGUGUACAGGGAGUAGAAAGUAAAGGGCAAGCCCAGGUUGCUGUCACAUUGUAUCAGCAUGUUUGUGUUCACCUGUGUGCAUUUAUUGCUUCCUCUCAUCCAUCACUUUUUCCUGAACUGGAUGCUGCACUAUUGAACACUGUGCUAAGUGCUACAAUGAUCACCUCUUUGUUAGCUAUGGACGCUUGGUGCUUCCUUGCUCGAUAUGGUACUGCUGAACUCUGUGCACACCAUGUCACCAUAGUGGCUCAUCUGAUAAAAUCUUGCCCUGGAGAGUGUUACCAACGUAUCAACUUGUCAGUACUGUUGAGGCGUCUAUUCUUCUUCAUGGCCCCACCCCACCAGGUGGAGUUUAUCCAGAAAUUUCCCCCACAAGCAGCAGAAAACUUAUGUCUAUGGCAGUAUAUUUCCUUCCAGGCUUUAUCUGCUGACCUUCGGAAACAAAUAGCAACCGAGGUCACCAGAGUGGGCACCACCCAGUGCCGGGAAUGGCUGAGCAGUAGUCGCACUCUGGGAGAACUUGAGUCUCUGAACACAGCCCUCUCUGCUUUGCUUACUGUGUGUAACUCUGCUGGCGAAACUUUGGACAUUAGACAACAAACUGCAAUUACUGAAGUAGGGAGCCAACUUUGGGUAUUUUUAAGAAUUAAACAGGUAGUAAGUCAACCUUAUGCUCAACGAACACUAAGCCUUUUACUUCCACUAUUGGGAUUUUUCAUUCAGACUCUAGAUCCUCAGGUAACCAGUCAGGUGGUUACGUUGCAGACGUCACUACUUAAAUUAGAGCCUCCUGACCAUGUCCGUUUUGCAGUGCUGGAUUUUUUAUCUUCUCUAGGAAAACUCUUCAUUCCUCAAGACAUCCAGGAUAAAAUUCUGCCCGAUCUGUCUUGUCUUUUUGCAUUACUGCUAGCUGACAGGAACUGGCUGGUAGAACAACACUCGCUGGAGGCAUUUACUCAGUUUGCUGAGGGAACCAAUCAUGAAGAGAUAGUUCCACAGUGCCUCAGUUCUGAAGAAACUAAGAACAAAGUGGUAUCCUUUCUGGAAAAGACCGGGCUUGUAGCUGAAACAGAAGCUGCCAGAGUGGAGCGUGUGAAACAGGAGAGAGGUGUUUUCUGGGAGCCCUUUGUUAAAGGGACUAUGGAAGAAGCAAGGUGGUCACCUUUAGAGCCUUGUGCAAAAAGAGCCCGUCGUGCGUUCCCAUUAGAAGAAGAGUACAGGACAGCAUUACAAAAAGCAACUGGGGCCUUGGAGGUGAUUGAGGCACUACUCCAGAAGUGUCCUGCUCCGGACUGGCUGCCCGUGGAAAUGGAGGCACUCCAAGAAAGGCUCACUGAGCUGACACGCUGUUUGCUCACGGGGAAAACAUGAACGUAUGGGUUUGGGAUGCUUGUCAACCUAUGAAUCAUCCUGGAAAAAGCAGUAAAUCCAGCCUUUCCACAGCCACUAGCGUCAGUCAACCGCACCCAGACUUCCUCCUAGAGACCAGUUUCUGAAGCCGCCUCCUGGAGGGCUUUUCAAAAGCCAGCACUUGAGGCCCUCUGCUUCAGUUGGCACACACAAGACAAAGCUCCUGGUAUGGGGAAAACAGGCUGCUUCGGGUCUUUUUGUCCUCAGAGCCUGCUUUUGAGGUAUUAAUUUAAUGGAAGAAAAAAAUUUUCCCCCUAAAGUUUAUUCAUACCCGCUGUCACCAGUUAUUAUCUUCCCAGUUCAGCUCCCCUUCUUCACCCCAGCCGCCAGUCUCUCCCUGCAACAAAAAGCACACCAGACCAGCCCGCUGAAAAUGAGAACACAAAGGGAAAAGGGGCCUAAUCACUUGUCUUUGAUGCCGAACUCAGUUCCCAUACUAACUAGAAAGUAGCAAGGAUUACUUUGGUUCCAAUAUUGCAAAACCAGAUGGUAGGAAAACAAACUUUCAAGGAUCACAUAAUUCAGUAAAAUCAGUCUGAUGAAACCAUAUUCUUGGCUAAACCUCCUUUCAUCCAAAUUAAUAAGCUAUUCAUGUAACAAGUGGACCAUCACCACUUAGCCCAAGGAUCAACUACAUUCUUCUGGGGAGGGAAAAAUAACCAUUUGUAAGAACUGAUUUCAUUUUAUGCUUAACUUGAUGAUUUUAACCAAUUUUUCCCUCAUAUGAAAUGAAAUGGCAACUGACAGCCCCCCCCUACCUCACCCCCCGACGUGUCAUCCUUAAACUAGCAGCACAAAGAUCCUCACCUCAGUAAUUUCUGCUGCAGCAAACUUUGAGGAAAACGGCAUCACUGGUGAGAUAUCAUUCUUGUUGGGAACCAUCAUCUCGGCCCUCAGGUCAGGUAGAAUAAGAAAAGCAGCUGAAGGCUUGAUUUCUGGAAUCAUAUCGGCAAACCAGUCCAACUCAGGAUCUUGCACUGGUUUCUUUUUUACUUGAAUGGUAAACUCUUCUCCUAAACCAAGUUCGGAUGGAACCUUAAAGGGCCGUUCUUGUGUCGAUGCUUUUGGUGGCUUCUGGUUUGCACCCUCCCUGCUCUGUAUGAGGCUGGUCCUUGGGGAUAGGCUUACUUUCACAGGACUACACUCUUCAGUGGGUGGAAGCAAAGUAGGAAUGGGCUUUUGUUCCCCUGAGGUAACAGUUGUGGCUGGCAGUCCGCCUCUGAGGCUUAUUUCCAUUUCGAAGUUGCUGUGCUCAAAGUCAUCCCAAGUCUCCUCCUUCACUGGGACUGGGGACUCUGCAGUAUCAUGUGGCUCCUGUGGCCACAUCUGUAUGUCGACAGUUUUAUUGUCAGGCUCCUCAGGCUCGUUCCAAUCAGGCCACUCUUCAGACUUUUGGGGAUUUGAUGGGGUGUUUUCACUGUCCUCUGAAGGAUUUUUCACAUCUGAGAUCCCGUUCAUGGCAAAUUUAAUAGGUUGAGAAAAUGGAUUGCCUAUGGAAUAUGUGCAAUAAUUGUAAAAUGUUGGUUAAGAGCAAGCAGUGUAUUUGGAGAAAGGUUAAAUAUCAAGCUAAAGAAAUAGAAAUAUCCAUGCAUACUUAAACUGGAGGAAAAUAACCCAGAAGUGUGUAAUCAGCAUCAAAGAUGCCAGGUAAUAACCAACGCACUCAAUUCUUUACUAAUUACUCCAACUUAGUGUUUGCUGAUUAUUGUCUAUAAAGCAAAUAUGAAACAUGUUCUAAGCCAGACACUUUUCCCCCUCAAGAUGUUCAUUACCAGUACACUGCAAAAGUAUUAUGUAUGCAAAUAUUUUCCUACCCCAACACAUCCUAGUUUAAAAGAGGAUUUCCUUAAGUGUAACUGUGGCAUUCAGAAAUCUUGUGCAAUAUACUCAAGAAGCUGAUACCGACAUUUCCCUACCCUUACCCACAGAACUCUUCACAACCAAAAUGGAACAAACAAACAAAAAACAGCCAUGAAAACCACUGGCUUCAAAGUGAUUUCUGACCCUGUAGGACAGGAUACA